AAACAAAAACAAUACAUUAGCGCAGCCAUCUUGAAUCUCGUCAGCUCACUGAAUGAGUGGAAAACAGCGAUAGGAGCGGAUCCCGUCGGCUGGGGGACACGCAUAGCUGCUGCGGAUUGUUUUAUUCUUUUUCUCCCCACUCUAAUUAUUCAGUGUUGAGGAGCGUCGUGGGGAGGGGAUUUAAUCAUUCGCAGUGAAUCCGCGUCCUUCCCCUGUCUGGUUAGCGGGAACUUAGCACGAGCGAAGUUAUUCGGAGAAGCCGGAUUUCGGGACCCGACAGCGGCGUCUCUGUCACAAAGCUACUGCAGAGCGCCACACGGCCGACUUCAGGCGGAAGAAGCUGAAUCAUCUUCAGUGUUUUAUUCUUAUUUUUUUAUUACUGACAUUUUUAAUUCGCCGACGAAGAAUCGACCCCCUCCCCUUUUCCAGGGCGUUUUGUUUGACCGGCCGGCCGAGCUGGGCGUCCGGGGAUGGGGAGCUGAAAGCUUCCUCUCGUAAACCAGCAGGCAGCUCCGCCGCGUUUCAGCCAAAUUGGCCGUGGGAAAGAAUAGGGUCCCGCGAAGGAACCUCCGGGAGAGGACAUCCGAGCCCUCGGCAGUACCUACCCCUCAGUAUAGGCGGCGGUUGGAUUAACGGAGUUAACUAGCUGGUUAACCAGAAACCGGACAGGCACAUGUUUAAAUGCCGGAGCUGUCAGACGCCGGGGGUGCGUGUUUUCCACCCCCCGCCUCGACUCUAAACCGCCAUCCCCUGCCUGUCUGAUCCGGCAGUUUCUGCUCUAAUUAUCCAACUAAAGAUCACGUUAAACAGGGGAUGUUUUUAUUAUUUAAGGUUAGUUGCGUUUGUCCCCCGGAAGACUGCGGAGCGGCUGUUAUUUUAAUUAAAAUGAUCUAAGGUGGGAUCGCUUUGCCACAGGAUCUCACUGAUUUAACGCACCGAUAAUAAGCACCGGUAAUAACCCUAUCAUGCAUCCGGCAAAAUGGCAAGUUUCUCCGGCUGCACGCCGUGCAUGAGGAGAUCUGCCCCCCUUUCCCGUUGGGAUUUGGGUUUUUUCCCGUGUCGGCUUGUUAUCUGUCGGUAAACCUUUUCAUCUUCCCCGCAUGUGGGCUUUGGCCCCGGCGGUCGUUUAGCUGCAAGGCCCCCGAGCGACGUGUUUCCCGAGUUCAGAAUAAGAGGAGACCGAUUCGAAAACACAAGUGGAGGAGACGGGUCGGAUUUACUGGGAUAAAGGAAAGGAUUUUAAAAGGAGAGGAGGAUGGGAGCCGCCACCAAACUCGUGUUCGCCGUUUUCCUCAUCUCCUGCUCCUCAGGUGCCAUCCUGGGCCGCUCAGAGACACAGUGUGUGUACUACAAUGCCAGCUGGGAGAAGGACCGAACCAACCGCAGCGGCAUAGAGCCGUGCUUCGGCGAGAAGGAUAAGCGGCGGCACUGCUUCGCUACCUGGAAGAACGCGUCGGGCACCAUCGAGGUCGUAAAGCAGGGCUGCUGGCUCGACGACGUCAACUGUUACGACAGCAAGGAGUGCGUGGAGAAGAAGGAGAGCCCGGACGUGUUCUUCUGCUGCUGUGAGGGCAACAUGUGCAACGAGAGGUUCUUCUACAGCCCAGAAGCCCAGCCCGUGCAGACAACAUCGAACCCAGUGCAGCCGAAGCCCCAGCUCCUGAGCACGCUCCUCUACUCACUUGUGCCCAUCAUGGGAGUCGCCAUCAUUGUCGUCUUCUCCUUCUGGAUGUACCGCCAUCACAAGCUGGCGUACCCCCCGGUCCUAGUGCCCACCCAAGACCCGGGUCCCCCACCCCCCUCUCCUCUGCUGGGACAAAAACCGUUGCAGCUGCUAGAGAUAAAAGCCAGGGGGCGCUUUGGCUGCGUGUGGAAAGCGCAGCUGCUGAAUGAAUACGUGGCCGUCAAGAUUUUCCCCCUGCAGGACAAGCAGUCAUGGCAGAACGAGUAUGAGAUCUACACCCUGAGUGGGAUGAAACAUGAUAACCUGCUGCAGUUCAUCGGGGCUGAGAAGAGGGGCGCUAGCAUGGACCUGGAGCUAUGGCUCAUCACCGCCUACCACGAGAAGGGCUCUCUGACAGACUACCUGAAGGCCAACAUGGUGUCCUGGAAUGAACUGUGCCACAUCGCCCAGACUAUGGCCCGAGGCCUGGCCUACCUGCAUGAGGACAUCCCAGGCCUCAAGGACGGACACAAACCCGCCAUUGCACACCGGGACAUCAAAAGUAAGAAUGUGCUGCUGAAGUCCAACCUGACAGUCUGCAUUGCCGACUUUGGGCUAGCGCUCAGGUUUGAGGCAGGGAAGUCUGUGAGCGAUACCCACGGACAGGUCGGGACCCGCCGCUAUAUGGCUCCCGAGGUCCUAGAAGGAGCCAUCAACUUCCAACGUGAUGCCUUCCUGCGGAUAGACAUGUACGCUGUGGGCCUGGUGCUGUGGGAGCUGGCGUCUCGCUGCACUGCAGCCGACGGUCCAGUGGAUGAGUACAUGCUCCCCUUUGAAGAAGAGGUGGGACAGCACCCGUCCCUGGAGGACAUGCAGGAAGUGGUGGUUCACAAGAAGCAGAGGCCCACACUGAGAGAAUGCUGGCAGAAGCACGGGGGCCUGGCGGCACUCUGCGAGACCAUCGAGGAAUGCUGGGACCACGAGGCGGAGGCGCGGCUGUCAGCCGGCUGUGUGGAAGAGCGCAUCAUCCAGAUGCAACGGCUCAUCAGCGCCGUGCCGCCUGAGGAAAUCGUCACCGUCGUCACCAUGGUGACCAACACAGACUUCCCACCCAAGGAGUCCAGCUUAUGAUGGCCCUUCCCAGCAUGGAUAAAUGCAGAAGGCCGAUGUGACUUGCCUUUGGGAAGGCUACUUCGGGCCUCCCUCCUUCCCCUUGGCCCCACCUUCCAUUCUGACCAGCCAGUCGGCAAUUGGGUACACAGGAGGGGUGUGGUCACUCCACUCACAUUCAGGAAUAACUGAACUGAAUUCUGCCUAUAAUUCCAGCAUGUGAGGAUUCGAAGCUGGUUUUGUGGUGGUGAUCUGGAGAAAGGAAGAAAAUAACCCUAGAUGUUGAGUUACUGUAAGGACAUGCAACUGGUUUUUUUUUUAUGAAGACGAAAAACAGACUGAAUGACAGACAUAUGGUAGUUUUUAUAAGAAAACGGACAACUUGUUUCAUUUCAGUAUAAAAAGGGCAAGUCGUUUAUAAAGCUGAAUUUGCUGUUUUGUGUUUCUCAGACUCGUAACGCCAGUAAGAUACAGCUUCUGAAUGUUCAUUGUACUGCUGCUGUACAUAUUAUCAACAUCUACAGGAAAAAAAUGGUAAGCAAGGUCAUCUGUUGGAAUUAGCUUCAAAACAUUAUUUUAAAAACAACAAAAAAAAACCAUUAACCUCCCACAACAAGGUAUACCUCAGCUCCACCUUGGAUCGAUCAUUAACACUAAAAACAAUCAAAAGCAUUCAGAUGACGUCUGCUCAGUAAUCAUGAUUUUUAAAAAGACUCGCUGUGUUUAUAUCUGUAUGCCAACAGGAGAAAAUGACCCUUCAGAGACCUGUGUUCCAACCUCGAGUUUCCUUUGUUUACCAUCUUUCUGCCCUUUUCUCCUAAAGUGAAAGCUUCUAUGCGCUCAAAUUGCUUUUCUUUAUAAAUCUCUUUUGGACCCAAGACUCCAGAAGAUCUUAAUGUUAAAAAAAAAAAGAUAUUUGAAAGCACUACUUUGCUUAGGUUUGCGGUGUCUAAGUAUUUAAAGAUAUGCAUGCCUUUUUAAAUUAUUUUUCUAGCCCCUCGCUAAGAUGUGACUCUGCUGUGUGUAGUUUCUCUGUCUGUCGUCCUUGCUGCUGUACCUGAAGCUGACAUCUUAUCUUGCCCUCGUCGACAAGCUCCAUACUCCUCAGGAAAGCCCAUCUCACCCAGCGUUCCCUCCGCUCUGAGCCGGGGGGGGUGGGGGGAGGGGCGCCUUCUGCCCCAUCCUGCAUCCAGCUGCUGCCGCUGCAUGUCUCCCAUUCUUCCCCGAUGAUGUGCUUCUAGGCGACAAGGUGCCAACUACCAAACGUAAACAGUCCAGCGUCGACAGAGUUGGAGUCCUUACUGCAGACCAACGACAGCACUGUAGCCUUGCAGCCACCUGGGGGCGCCAGUAUCCCAAACUGGCUAUCAUUCCUCCCUCCCUCCCCUCCCCUCCCUCCCAGCAUUCUGCUGUGUUGUGUGUCAAUCCACAGCGACAUUCAGGGAUACAAUUCUAUGCUUCUCUAAGUCGAUAUGCAAUCUGUGCAGGUACAGCCACCAUACAGUCAUGCCAUAACGACUACCCUCUACACACCUGUAGCAUUUUUAAGUGAUUGGACUUGCCAUUUGUGUUUGUCUGUGGACUAUUACAGCCGGGCCUGAGUGAGAAGGGAAGGUGCCAGAUGCAUUGUAUGAGUCCCUAGUGUCGCUUUACCAUUCUGGAAAAAAGACUGCGAAGCCAGCUUGCACCUAUAGUCUGGCCUGCAGUGUCAUCGAUGGCCAGUAGUUCCCCAGAGCCCUGUCUCCCCAUCCUCGAGCGGGCAGCGGUGGGAAGGUGUGGCAGCUAAACGCAGUGGUUUCUAAACCUGGAUCCUGACAGCCUGCACCGUGGGCACGUUUUAGGGCUCGUUGGCCGAAUGAGGCAACUCAUCUGAAUGAACUGCUACACUAAUUAAACCAGCUCUGGCCCCUAACCCUGCCCUUAGGCUGUCAGCAGUUUAAAGAGCCAUGGGGGAGGGAAACAAAAAGGACCACGAGCCCCCCUUGAGGACCGGAGUUAAGGACAACAGUGAAGCUGAUGUAGCCAUCUUACAGUGGGCCCAGCUGGUGUCAUUUCUGUGGAUGCUCUGUUGCCCCUUUAAACUGGAGGGCUGGUGGGACAGUGCAUAUUCCUGGAGUGUUCACGUGUGAAUGGACUUUGCCGCUGCAGCCUGGAUUCAUGUGUCAGUGAAAGGCGGGUUUUUUUUUUAGAAAGGUUUCUCCUGAGUCUCAGUAGAUGCUGGUACCUUGGCAGCAGACGGCUGUGAAAAUGCACAGUAUGUAAAUAUGAAUGUUUUUAGAUUUGUGACUUUAGCAUGAUGUUCUUUUUUUUUUUUUAUUUUAACAAAGCAAAAACAGAAAAAAAAAACCUUUAUAAAAUGACUUUUCCGAAGAUUUUGUUUAUUUUGUAUAUCAAGUUUUUGUAUUAAUUUAUGUCAAAGCCCAAACAGAAAAGCCCGUUUCCUUUGCGUGGUCCUGAGUUUUGUGAAACAGCUGAGAGGGAAAACCCACGGGACUGCCUGUGUCGGCUUGCCGCCGAUGUCUGUGGCCAUGUUAGCCCUUGGAUGGCGCUGUAAGCCGUGAAGAGGCCUCGGAUGCAGAAAGGCCAGCCAUGCUUUCUGCCUGUUUCCAUUAGAAGUACAUAUGAGCCUCCCUUUGUUAUACCACAGAUCGGACAUUUACUUCCUUGUUUGCCGGCUUUCUUUCAGUCUCCGGCCCCAACAGCAGUACCAUCGGGAGACACCGACGUGCCAACUUGUCUGUCAUGAGUAUUUGAGUUGCAGAUGACUGGACUGGUUGGAAGUGGAUGCUGAGUAUUGUACAGACAUUGUAUGGAACCCUGACCCCCCCAGGAAAUAAAGUAUAGUGAUUGCUC